AUGUCUUUUCGUGGGGGACACAUGAGACAGGACGAUACAAAUUAUUUGGAGCGACACAAUGAUGAUUUGGUAAAUGGACUCUCGUCAAAAGUCGCCGCGUUGAAAAGAGUGACAAUUGCAAUUGGAGAUGAUGUUCGUGAACAAAAUCGUCUUUUAUCUGACAUGGAUAAUGAAUUCGACUCAUCAAAAGGUUUAUUGCAAUCAACAAUGCGAAGAUUAGGAAUUGUUAGUCGAGCUGGAGGUUUGUGAUUUUUCUUUGGAAGGGGGACUUUUUUGAGAGCCGAUUGGAAAAUUGUUUAAAAAUUUUUGAGUGAAUUUGAAUUCAAACUUGUUUAAGUUGUAUGAAAAUUCAUGUUUUUGUCUUCAAAAAAUCGCUAAAUUGAAAAAAAAUGAAGACAACGUUUCGUAUUUUUCAUUCGGUUUCAAAAAGAGUUCCCCAGUUAAUGUUUUAGAUUAUCAACCUAAAAAUCAAUGAUAUUUUCAGGCAAAAAUAUGUUGUGUUAUCUGAUUCUCUUCGCUUUAUUCGUAUUCUUCGUCGUUUACUGUAUUUCCCGCUGA